CAGAUGGAAAGUCUUGUAUCGGAAAUGGAAGGUAUUUAUAGUGUUGGAAAGGUCAACAUGUCUGAUGGUAAAGCUCUAGAAUUGGCUCCAGGAUUGACGAAGGUGCUUGCCGAGUCGAGGAAUUACGAUAAGUUACUCGAGGCAUGGAAAGGGUGGAGAGAUUCGUCCGGUAAACUGAUGAAGACCAAAUAUGAAGAGUUUGUACACUUGAGUAAUGAAGGUGUACAGGAAUUGGGAUAUAAAGACACAGGGGAUUAUUGGAGAUCAUGGUAUGAAAGUAAAACAUUUCAACAAGAUGUGGAGAGCCUGCUACAUCAGCUUCAUCCACUAUACAAACAAUUACAUGGUUAUGUCAGAAAACAACUGAAGACAGUUUAUGGUGAUGAUAAAUUUCCUUAUAGUGGCCACAUCCCAGCACAUUUAUUGGGAAACAUGUGGGCCCAACACUGGAACAAUAUCUACGAUCUUGUUGAACCAUAUAAAAAUAAAACAACUCUGAGUGUAACGAAUGAAAUGAAGCGUCAGGAGUAUACGGUGGAGAAGAUGUUCUGGACUGCCGAGGAUUUUUUCAAGUCUUUAGGAUUGGAGGAGAUGCCGAUGCCAUUCUGGAAACAUUCUAUGAUCAGAAAACCUGACGGCAGAGACGUCGUCUGUCAUGCUUCAGCUUGGGAUUUUUAUAAUAAAAAAGAUUUCCGAAUCAAGAUGUGUACAGAUAUAACAAUGGAGGAUCUGAUAACCAUCCAUCACGAGAUGGGACACAUCCAGUAUUACCUUCAAUAUAAAGAUCAACCAGUUAUUUUCAGGAGGGGUGGAAACCCAGGUUUUCAUGAAGCUAUCGGUGAUACAAUGGCUCUGUCAGCUUCUACCCCAAACCACCUAAGAUCUAUUGGUCUCCUGAAAACUAUACCUAAUGACCCAGAGAGCGACAUCAACUUCCUAAUGAGCCAAGCUCUACAGAAGAUCGCCUUCCUUCCAUUUGGGUAUCUGAUAGACCAAUGGAGGUGGAGUGUUUUUAGUGGAGAAACAGUCAAAGACAAUUAUAAUAGAAAAUGGUGGGAUCUCAGAUGUAAAUAUCAAGGAAUAUCACCACCAGUAAAAAGAACAGAAGAAGAUUUUGAUCCUGGAGCUAAAUAUCAUAUUCCUGCCAACACUCCGUAUAUCAGAUAUUUUGUAAGUUAUGUGAUUCAGUUCCAAUUUCAUAAAGGUCUGUGUCAGGCAGCCAAUCAUACCGGAUCUCUAAGGUCAUGUGAUAUUUAUGGUUCUAAGGCAGCCGGUGAAAAACUAGCAAAAAUGUUGAAACUUGGAUCUUCAAAACCCUGGCCAGAAGCUAUGAAAAUGGUAACCGGAAGUACAAAGAUGGAUGCCAGUGCGUUGAUGGAAUAUUUUCAGCCUCUGAUAGAUUGGUUGAAGAAGGAGAAUGAAGGCGAGGAUCUGGGCUGGGAUGAAAACUGUCCUGAAGAUGGUCUGAUUCAAGCUGACAGGUGGUUGAAGUCAUAUGAUAAGCGAGCAGAAAAAGCUACUAAUGCUAUGUAUGAAGGUGAUUGGGCUUAUCAGACAAAUAUUACUGAUUAUACUUCCAAGAUGUCGGUUAAAAGAAGAGUAGAAUUAGAUUUAUUUAAGAAAAAGGCGGCAAUGGAAGCCAACCAAUUAGACUGGAAAAACUUUAAAAACACAGAAAUUAAAAGACAGUUUAAAAAGAUAACUAAUAUAGGACCUAGUGCCAUGAAAAGUAACACAGCUUUAGAAAAGAUGCAACAACUUCAGUCUAAAAUGGAAGGAGUUUAUGGUGCCGCCACAGUUUGUUUGGAAGAAAAUCGGUGUUAUCCUCUAGAGCCAGAUCUGACGCGGAUGAUGGCUAAAGACCGAGACUCUAAGAAAUUAAAAUCUAUCUGGGAACUAUGGAGAGAUAAGACUGGUAGAUUGAUGAAGACAGACUAUAGUGAAUUUGUGAAACUGUCCAAUAUGGGUUAUUUUUUUUACGCCACAGGUUAUAAAGAUACGGGUGAAUAUUGGAGAUCAGCUUUUGAAUCGGAAACCUUUAUACAAGAUCUCCGGGGUUUGCUGAAACAGUUACACCCAUUGUAUGAACAGCUUCAUACCUAUGUUCGUAUGAAAUUAAAAAGUAUUUAUCCUGAUGAAGAUUUUCCUACUUCCGGCCAUAUUCCUGCACACUUAUUAGGUAACAUGUGGGCCCAACAAUGGAACAAUAUUUACGAUAUUCUACAACCUUAUAAAAAUAGAAGCAGUGUUGAUGUCACCCCAACCAUGAAAAAACAGAAUUAUACUGUAAAGAAAAUCUUCAGAACAGCAGAGUAUUUCUUUCUGAGCUUAGGUUUGAAAAAAAUGCCGGAUAGCUUCUGGACAGAUUCGUUGAUGGAAAAACCAAAAGAUGGUCGCAAUGUAGUCUGCCAUGCUUCAGCUUGGGACUUCUACAAUGCCAAGGACUUUAGAAUCAAGAUGUGUACGGAUAUUAAUAUGGAAGAUUUGGUCACAGUCCAUCAUGAAAUGGGACAUAUACAAUAUUUUCUACAGUACAGUCAUUUUCCCCAAGCAUUUAGAGAUGGGGCCAAUCCAGGUUUCCAUGAAGCAGUCGGAGAUACUCUAGCCCUAUCUGUAUCUACCCCGGGGCAUCUCAGAAAAAUAGGAUUACUGAAACCAGGGGCAGAUAAUCAACUGGAUGUUAUUAAUUUUUUGAUGAAAAUGGCAUUAGAGAAGAUCGCCUUUCUACCAUUUGGGUAUCUGAUAGACCAAUGGAGGUGGAGUGUUUUUAGUGGAGAAACUACACCAGAUAACUACAACCAGAAAUGGUGGAAUCUGAGAUGUAAACACCAGGGUAUUUUCCCUCCGGUAAAAAGAACAGAAGAUGAUUUCGACCCAGGAGCUAAAUAUCAUAUACCCGACAACACCCCAUAUAUAAGAUAUUUUGUGAGCUUCGUGAUCCAGUUUCAGUUCCAUAAAGCUCUAUGUCAGGCCGCCAACCAUACUGGACCUCUGUAUAAAUGUGAUAUUUAUCAAUCCAAAGCAGCGGGGAAAUUAUUAGGAGAUAUGUUGAGUUUAGGUGCCUCUAAGCCCUGGCCAGAAGCGAUGGAGAAAAUAACAGGACAGAGGAAAAUGGACGCACAACCAUUACUGGAUUAUUUCCAACCUCUGAUGAAAUGGUUACAAAAACAGAACCUUGACGAACGACCAGGUUGGAGUACUAGUUGUCCUGAUUCCAACGAUUUUGUUAAAGAAACGAAGAAAGGAAAUACGGGACCAGUAUCCACUGGAAAUCAGGUUCAAUUUUCAUCCUAUGUUGUGGUAUUAGUUUUUUCGAUUGUGUUAUCUUUAACGCAUUUUAAUUUUGUGUAA